AUUUAGCAUCUUUGAUUAACAACCAUCCAAAAAAAUACUAUUUCUCCAUGUACGUAUACUCGUAUAGAGUGAGUUAGUUAUACUGACAUAUACUAAAUCAAAACAAAAUAGAUUUAAACCGAAACAAAAUCCAAAACCAAUUUUAGCUGACCAAAAAACCCGUCAAAGUCAACGAGGAAAUAGCAAAAUCGGAUUUCGCAAUCUGUCGUCACUCGUCACUCUCCUCUAUUAUUAAAGCUCACCAGAAUUCGAAACCAAUUUGAUCAGAAAUUUGAAUCGAAGAAGCAAAUCACAAAAAUGUCAGGAGUUUACGAUAGUCAAGCUGAUAUCUACUUAGACGCACGACCUACUUAUCCCGCCGAUUGGUACUCCAAGCUCGCCGCUCUCUCCCACCGUCACAAUCUCGCUUGGGACGCCGGAACCGGAAACGGCCAAGCUGCCAUCGGAAUCGCGGAACACUACGAAAGAGUCGUUGCGACGGACGUUAGCGAGACGAUGUUGAAUCUCGGAAAACCGCAUCCGAAAGUAACGUACCACCACACGCCCUCGUCGAUGACGGAAGAUGAAAUGGUAGAUCUUAUUGGAGGAGAGAACUCUGUGGAUUUGAUAACGGUGGCUACCGCCGUACACUGGUUCGAUCUCCCGAGAUUCUACGCGAUCGCGAAUCGUCUCCUCCGUAAACCAGGAGGAAUCAUCGCCGUGUGGAGCUACAACACUGACAUGGUGGUGAAUCCCGAGUUCGACUCGGUGAUGACUCGGUUCAUCGCUGAAACGUUGCCGUAUUGUAAAUUCCCAGAGAGUCAGUAUUUUUUGGACGGAUAUAAGACGUUGCCGUUUCCGUUUGAGAGCGUGGGUUUGGGCUCAGAGGGAAAGCCCAUGGAACUGGAGAUGAAGAAAACGGUGUCGUUUGAAGGAUUCUUGCGGAUGCUAAGAUCGUGGUCUGCCGUUGGUGCUGCUAAAGAAAAAGGAGUAGACUUAUUGUCGGACAAUGUAGUCAAAGAGCUCGAGACGGCUUGGGGUGGUUAUGAGCUGGUUCGAACCAUUGUUUACAAGACGUUUAUGCUCGCAGGAACCGUUCCUUAGAAACUAGCUUCUUUUUAAUUUGGUAUGGCUAAGUCUGAAACUUGAUAUCUUAAGGGUAUUUGAAACCUCAUGAAAUAACAAAAACAGGAUAAACAUAAAAAGUUUAUUUUACCUUUUCAUCGAACAUCAAAACGAACAUGUGAAAACGUUUGUAAUGUUUUCGCUUUAUUUCAACAAACAUAGAUUGUGAUAAAGACGCAUAUGAUUAUUAGAGAAACAUACUUUGCACCGAUAUAUAUUACUGAACUGGUUUGCUUAUUUAGUCUUAUGAGAAGAUUAAGGGCAUCUGAAACCAAGUGGGGGAAUUAUACGGCAGAGUCUAAGAACUUGGUUAACUCUCACAUUGAUAGUCAAGAAAUUAAAGAUUGUGAUUCUAACGGCAUUGCAGAUGCAGGCAGAUGCCGUAGCAGCGUCAAGCCCAGUCACUAGAGUGCAACAUGGCAAUACUGAUUGAUUGUUGAUGAGGAUUAAGCUGAGGUUAAGCACGUUAGUACAAGAUAGGAAUUGGGUCGAGUCUCUGGGACACACCGGAGCUUGAGGUGGAGGAGCUUGGGCCUUUGUGAAGACAAGGAAGACGAGGUUAAUGGUGAGGAAGAGAGCUAUAGCGUUUUUCAUCAUGUUCUUUGAAGCCAUGUUUUGAAAAUGUUAAUUAUGCUCUCUCUCUUUUGUUUAGUUCUGAGAGGAGUAUUGAGUAUUUAGUUUGGGAGGUGAGAGUUUGUAUUUAUAGUUGUUAGAACAUUUGGUUAGAUUACUGUUUGAUAUUUCUUUUGGAUGAAAGUUUACAAAAAUAAAAAAUAAUGCCA